UUGCGAACAUUUCCCUUCUUCUUAAUCACAACUUCAGACUUGAAGAAGAAGCUCCUCGCUUUCGAGUUUUGACCAUGGCGUCUCUAACGACCCUCGGAAUCCCUAAAUCCCCAACGCCUUCUGGUGAUAUCCUUCUCAAAUCCCACCAAUUUCCACAAUUCAUUCCUCUUAAACAACGACGAAUUACCUCCCAAAGCAAGGGCCUUUCCAAAACCGCGAUUAGAGCUUCGAACCAAAGCUCAACUACUGGUUCUUCGUCUUCGCCGGGACUGUACUCUGCCCAGAAAUUCGAUCUGACAGCUCAGAACGUUGACUUCGUUCUGGAGGACGUUCGACCUUAUCUCAUUUCUGAUGGUGGAAACGUUGAUGUUGUGUCUGUCGAAGACGGUGUUAUUUCUCUCAAGCUCCAAGGGGCAUGCGGGAGCUGUCCGAGCUCAACUACUACUAUGAAGAUGGGGAUUGAACGUGUGUUAAAGGAAAAGUUUGGCGACGCUGUCAAGGAUAUCCGCCAAGUCUACGAUGAAGAACCAAAGGAGACAGCUGUUGAGGCAGUGAAUGGUCACCUUGACAUACUGAGACCAGCCAUAAAGAACUUCGGCGGAAGCGUGGAAGUGUUAUCUGUUGAAGGUGAGGAUUGUUUUGUAAAAUACAAGGGGCCCGAGUCAAUCGGAUCUGGAAUCAAAGCAGCGAUCAAAGAGAAGUUCCCGGAUAUUGUAAACGUCGUCUUCACACAUUGUUUAUUCUAUACGGAUCAAGUUUUGGGGAAUAAUGAAAUCAACGGAUCCAAUUUUGGUCUACCACGCAUUAUACACUCUCAAUUCCAACUUAGAUUUUAUUACUGCUUCAACAUCAUUUUCGUACAUCAAAGAAGGCCAUUUGGAACAAUGUCUGAACUAUUUCUCUAAGAAGUUGCCGUUAUCGUUAU